GCCUCUGCCUUCGAUUGGACCAGCCCUCGCGAGCGUUGUUUCGAGAUUGGUCGACUCCUGCCUCUUCCUUCCCUCUCCCGAGCUCCCGCUUCCGGUUCUGACGGACCCUUCGGUCGUAACGAUGAUCGGGGACAUCCUGCUGUUCGGAACGCUGCUGAUGAACGCCGGGGCGGUGCUCAACUUUAAGCUGAAAAAGAAGGACACCGCACAGGGCUUUGGGGAGGAGUCGCGGGAGCCCAGCACAGGUGACAAUGUGCGGGAGUUCUUACUGAGCCUCAGAUACUUCCGGAUCUUCAUUGCCCUGUGGAACAUUUUCAUGAUGUUCUGUAUGAUCGUGCUGUUUGGCUCUUGAGCCCCCUGAUACAGACCCAGGAUCACACCUUCCCGGAUGUUGACUCUGCGCUCCUCCGUUCCUGACUACUUCAAGAAUGUUUUUGGAACAUUCCGGCAACCUGCCCAGAAAGUUCAAGUUUGUGGUGGGUGGAACAAUGUUCUCCAGGAUGCCAGUGGUUUCCCAGCCAUGCCAUUUUUGUCUUUUCGUUUCGUUUCAAAGAUACUCUCACUUCGGCCUCUGAAUUGGAACGCUGUCCACUUGAGGAGUGUCAGGAGCUGUGAUAAAAUCACAUCCCUUGUAGAUGAAAAGAACAUUUUAGAUUGUUUUAUCGCAUUGGAAUCUCUCUUCCAGCAAGCCUUCACUCGGUACCUGUUUCUGGAUAUUUUUUUGUUUCUUUUUAAUAACCAUCUUUUUGUUUAUAAUUGUACAGGUGUUUUUGUCAUUUUUACCUGGGGAUCUGAGCAGAUAGCUUGGCAUGUAAGUGUGACAUAGCCUUUCUUUUGGACACUGUUUAUGCAAAAUGAGUGAGUUCGGAGUUGCUGGGUCCGACAGUGGAACUAGGACCAGUGAGGGGCCUGGUGUCCAAAUUCCUUUCCUGUCCUGACAGGCUCUGCUCGGCCCCUUGGUGUACCUGGGGUCGUCCUCAGGACUUUAAAGAGCAGGUCACCUGUAAUGGGGACACUGAUUUCCUGUUUAAACACUAAACUGUUAGCGAGCAGGAUGAGAUGAGUACAGGUGAAGUAUUAGUGAUUCCCACAGGAGAGGGGGAUGGGCGGGCAUGCUGUGUGAAAUCUUGCUUUGCCUUGAAGCCCUUUGUGAAAUAAAGUAACUUUGGGGCCAUUAAUUGUACAGUUGCUAGAAUGAGUGAUUUACAUGGUGAUAUCAAGACUGUGUUCUGGAAGCUUGAGUUUACGGCUCUCCCUUUUCAAGGUGGUGAUUUCAAGGUUGAGAAACAAUUAGCCUUGUUCUAGGAAACAUGGUGAUUUCCACAUUAAGCGUCUUUGAGAGGGGGUUCUGGUGGAUUCACCAAAGUGAAACACCGGCAGUCACUUACCCAAAUCCCAGAGGCUUUUGAUUUGCUUGUUGUGUUUUUUGAAAUCUUGACUUGGAAGUAAACCCGGAGGGGGAAAAUAAGUAAAUACACAGACUGCUAGAAAUAAAAUAGCAUUGAAAAUAAAAGCUUGUUUCUAAAAAGGACCUUUUGCUUAUACAUUUUUUACCAAGAAGCCGACUUCAAUUUGAGUUGUUUAGAAUUACCCUUUGGAAAACACCUAGGAUUCACUUUGGAGGUUGUCAAAAAGACAAGAAGCGAGGUUAGAUUUUUUUUACUUUUGGAUUUUGCUAAAUAAACGGCUGAUAAGAUUUGUGCAAGUAUGGUUUUGACCCGCGCUGCUGCUAGAGGUCACGAAAGUGCCUGGGAUUGCUGUGGGGUUUUGCUGAACCAGGGUCAAACCCAUUUCUACUUUUGCUUAGCUAACAUAAAGGAGUCCUUGGGUGGUGUAAGCGGUUAAGCGCUCAGCUACUAACUGAAAGGUUUGAGGUUUGAGUCUACCCAGAGUCACCUCGGAAGAAAGCCCUGGCAAUCUACUUCUGAAAAAUCAGCCACUGAAAACCCUAUGGGGUGCAUUUCUGCUCUGACACCAGUGGGGUUGCCAUGAGUUGGGGUUGACUCAACAGCAGUUGGUUUGAUAUAAUUUUACUUCAUUGCUUCUGUAAUUUAUUCUCUUGUCAAGUCUGGGCCAAGUGUCACCUCAUGGUCUGUGAGUAGCAGCGAUUGUAGCUGCUGAAUCGAUCACCACUCGGGCCCGCAUUGUUGUCUGAAAGAAUAGAUGGCCCAAGGUCUUGGCUGGCCCCUCCUCAAGGUGUGUGAAUGGUGAGAAGGAAACCUUCCAGUUAUUCACACCAGCGCUGAAGUCUCAUUGUAGCGAUGCAAUUUGUUCAUUAUGGGGAUGAAUUGUACUCUAAGUAUAGAAUCCUGUCUUGAGGAUUUUGUCUCAACUGUUACAUUUUUCUCCCAAGAACUAUUAUGUUGUUGUUCGGUUUUUAUGAGCAGCGUAGCUUUUCAGGAUGUAGUAGGAGACUACCAGCAUCCCUCGGUGGUGCAAACAGUGCAUGUGCUUGGCCGCUAACUGAAAGGUUGGAGGUCUAAGUACACCCAAAGGCACCUUGGAAGAAAGCCCUGGCGAUCUACUUCUGAAACAUCAGCCAUUGAAAGCUCUGUAGAGCACAGUUCUACUCUGAUGCACAUGGGGUUGCCAGGAGUCAGAGUCAACUCCACAGCAACUGGUUUUUAAAUUCAUAAAUGCUCUCUGCUACUCGCUCUGUGGUGUGGAGUCUCGCAUAUAGAGAAUGAAAGGAAGGCCACAGUUUGGAGUUCCUGCCCUUGCCAUGUUUUGUUUGGGGGUUCCUCUGCCCUUGCCAUCUUGAGAAGUAGAGCACAUCUCUCCUUUUCGUGGGUUUCUCAUUGUAUGUCAGUUUCAGCUGCUGUAGGACAGUGGUUGGCAAACUACAGCCCACAGGCCAAGUCUGGCCCAUCACUUUUUUUUAUAAAUAAAGUUUUAUUGAAGCACACCCAUGCCCAUUUGUUUAUAUAUUGUCUGUGGCUGCUUUUGUGAUAUACAGCAGCAGAGAGAAGUCAUCGUGACACAGCCCAUCUGGCCCACAGAGCUGAAAAUAUUCACUACAUGGCCCUUUACAGAAAAUAUUUGCUGAUCCCUGAGUUAGGAGAUGACAGAGAAUCUCAAGGUGUCCUUCCUGCUUAAAGCCACCCAGAGGUAUUCGUCACCAUGCCUUGUAGUCUUGAUUAUUUUUCUUUCCCUGCUCUAUUGUUUUUUUUUUGGUGGUGAGAAUAUACACGACAAAACAUGCUAAUUCAUCAUUUUCCGCCUGUACAGUUCAGUGACAUUGAUUACAUUCUUCAAGUUGUGCUGCCAUUCUUGCCAUUCUCACUAUUCUCACUAUUCGUUUCCAGAUGAUUCCACCACCAUUAACUUAAACUCAAUGCACCCUAAGCAAAAGCUCCUCCUUUAUCCCCUCCCUCCCACUCCUGGUAAUCACUGAUAAUCUUCGGUCCCAGUGCCUUUGUUUAUUCUGUGUAUUUCAUGUAACUGGGAUCAUACAGUAUUUGCCCUUUCUGCAACUGACUGACUUCACUCAGCAUGAUGUUUUCAAGGUUCAUCCAUGUUGUGGCAUGCAUCAGGACUUCGUUUCUCUUUAUGACUGAAUAAUUUUAUGUUGUAUGGGCAGACCAAGUUGUGUUUAUCCAUCAUCUGUUGAUGACAUUUCAAUUGUUUCCACCUUUUGGCUAUUGUGGUCUUGAUUUUAACAAACAUUUUCAAACACAUUCUUCAAAUUUGUCGAAAAUCCGGCUGGCCGUUUUCAAGUGAUGUG